AUGCUAAAGGUCUCCAGCCUCUUCAUUCUCUUCUGUGGGCUGCUGGCCUCAUCCUCUGCUCAAGAGGCCCUGUCCAGAGUUUCUUCCCAGAUCACCAAUGCUUUGACACAAGAACUCCUUGGUACAAACAUUCUUUCCGCCCUGCAGACAAUUGACUUCCAGGGGUCGCUGAAGAAUGUCUUCAUCCUUGCAAGAGGCAACCAGCAUCCUGGCGGCCUGCUCACCAACAGAGGUGCCAAUUUAACGGUACAGAUCAAAGACCUUCGACUCCUUCAGGUCUGCCUUGAGAAUUCCCCUAACUUCAAGGGGGUCAAGUUACGGACACCAUUGGCAUUUUCCAUACAAAUAAAGUUUCUGGCUCUUAAUCCCUGCAUAUUCCAUGUACGGACAGAUAUGAGAGUGCAGCUUUAUUUGGAGAAGGGUGAAGACAGCAAAUACCAACUUGCCUUUGGGCAUUGCAGGAUUGCAAUCUGGACCAAUUAUUCUCAUUUUUACAACUUUUCUCUUCACGUCACCCCAAUGAAACAAAUUAUUGUGGAAAAUGUAGAUAGAGUCCUGAGAGACCUGAUAAUCAAUAAUUUGGGAGCAAAAACGUGUACCUUCAUUAAUUCGCAUCUUUAUAAUCUGAAUCCGCAAGUGACUAACAAACUGAUUAGUCUGCUGCUGCAGCAGGGCAGAUACCAAGCCACCAUCCAAAUAUCCCCAAAGUAA